AUGGAUAUUAAAAGAUUGGGACCUAUGGAAAAAAACAGAUUAGAGGAAUGGACCAAGAGUGACUGGAAAGUUAAGGAAAAUAAAUACUGGACAGACUGGGAAAAGAAAACCCCCUGGAAAGAGUAUUUGUAUAUCAUAAAAAUGACCAAAUGGUUGAAAUGGAAAGAAAGACUCAAGAGAGAAAGAAAACAUUGGAUAGAAUUGACAGAAAAGAUUGAAAAUAUGUAUAUAAUUCAAAACCACAUGGAUUGGGAAAAAUGGAAAAUGAUAAAAUCACAAUGUAUGACUGAAAAAUCAAGGAAUUUAUAUUUCGAUCAGUAG